AUGGCCCCUCCCAUUCCAUUAGCCGCCCGUCAGGGUAGCCGUCAAACUGCGCCAUUCACAGGUGUUGCACGAGACGAUUCGGACGACGAGCUCGGUGUCGACGAUCUCCCUUGGGAAUGGAUACACGACUCCACAGAUCUCGGGCUCCCGGAGCACACUGGUAACGAUGCUUCCAAUAGCCGGAAGCGCAAAAGGACGAGUGUCGUGGCGCGUAUUGUGGGCGCCCAGAUGGGUAACUUCGUGUGUCACAUCGGCGACUGUGUUCUUUUGAAGGCCGAAGGGUCGAAAGAAGCCUGGGUUGCCAUUAUUUGCGACUUUUUGGAGGAGGAUGACGGCGAAAAGGCAGCAAGUUUCAUGUGGUUUUCGACGGAGAAGGAAAUCCGUAACAAGGAAAGGAAACGGUCGGAUGCCUUGCCUAAUGAACUAUAUAUAUCGCCCUCGUGGGACGUAAACCCGCUCGCCGCCAUCAAUGGCAAGGCUGUUGUCUUAUCGCAUCAAGAAUUCAUCUCACAAUACCCGUCAGGGAAGGUCCCACGAUCCUCGGCCGACUACGAAAAGACGUUCAUUUGUCGCCGUGCCUGUAACACAAGAACAGCGACGUACUCGGACGAGUUCGUAUGGGAAAACAUAUACGAUGCCAGCGAGCAGGGCGUUUACGACCUGAUUGAAUAUGUGAAAUCGCACACAAAGUCGAGCAGAAGACGCCAAUCAGCAAGAGAUUCCACACCAGAGCAGCCAUACACUGCCUCGGAUGCAGUCCGGGGCGUUGUAACUCCUAAACGGGUAGCCAGAUCCGUUGAUUCUACACCUAAGGGGUCGUCACCUUUUCAGCUGGCCCGGUCUCAAUUACAUGUUGCCUCUGUACCAACAAGUUUGCCCUGCAGGGAGAGCGAGUUCAGCCUGGUAUAUUCGCAUUUGGAGGCAGCCAUCGCAGACGGUAUGGGAAGCUGCAUCUAUAUUGCUGGAACCCCUGGGACUGGGAAGACAGCAACGGUUCGGGAAGUCAUAUCUCGGCUGGAUGACUGUGUGAGGGCUGAUGAACUCGACGACUUCAUCUUUGUGGAGAUCAAUGGCAUGAAGAUCACCGACCCUCACCAGUCGUACAGCCUCUUAUGGGAGGCUCUCAAGGGGGAACGCGUCAGUCCCACGCAAGCCAUAGACCUUCUGGAGAGGGAGUUCAAUAACCCCAGUCCUCGCCGCACGCCAUGUGUGGUUUUGAUGGACGAGUUGGACCAGCUGGUGACUAAAAAUCAGAGCGUCAUGUAUAACUUUUUCAACUGGCCGGGCUUACGACACAGCAGACUCAUUGUUUUGGCUGUGGCAAAUACCAUGGAUCUCCCCGAGAGGACUCUCAGCAACAAGAUUAGCAGUCGUAUAGGUUUGACGAGAAUUACCUUUCCCGGCUACAACCACGAGCAACUUAUGAGAAUCAUACAGUCCAGGCUCGAGGGAGUGCCUGGAAACGUUGUCGAGCCAGAUGCCAUUCAAUUCGCUAGCCGAAAGGUGGCUGCGGUAAGCGGUGACGCCAGGAGAGCGUUGGACAUUUGCAGGCGAGCUGUAGAGCUCGCCGAGGCCGACAGUCGCGCAGAAACUUCAGCAACUGGGCAGAAGGGACAGCGAUCUGCUGCGAGCAAUGGCAAGGCACUCAGAGGGCCGGUCAUGGUCACAAUAGCAACAAUCAAGAGAGCGAUCAACGAGGCAACCACCAACCCCACACAGCAGUACUUGCGAUCUUUGGCAUUUGGGCCCAAGCUACUUCUUAGCUCCCUCUUGGUCAAAAUGCAAAGGAACGGUACUAUCGAGACGACAUUUGGGGAUGUUAUGGACGAACUAUAUCGUAUCAUGAAGCUUGAUACAGGAGCUCUGGACUCUAACGUCAUCUCGGCCCUGACAACUGGACCACCAGGAGUCGACGCAGGCUUAGUCAAGGAGGGUACGCGGGUAGCUGAGGCUCUGGCGCUCCGGCGGGCGGCGAUUGAGCUGGUGGGCGCAGGUAUAAUUGUCUUGGAAGCACAAAAAGCGGAGAGGCCAAGUAAGAUGCGCCUGGCUGUGGGAGAUGAGGAGAUCAAAAUGGCAUUUCGGGACGAUGGAGAGGUCAAGGCCUUAGGUCUAUUUUUUUAG